AUGACAGGCGCUGAGGUUCGAGGUAUACCUGUUCUUGCAGGGCCACUCGCCGUUGGUCUCUUGACCUUGGUCGAUCCGCCCGCCCGUGCCUUCGACAUCGUGUUUGUCCAUGGCUUCGGAGGCCACGCCCACCGGACAUGGGAACACAAAAGUGCUGUCACCAAGUCAUCGGAAGAAUCCGACGACGAAGGCCAACAGCCACCUCGAAAACUUCAGAAGUUACUCAACCCGCCGAAAUUGAGACUACCCAGGCCACAUUCUUCAAACCCCGUAUUUUGGCCAACGGAUCUCCUGCCCAGGACAGCCCCGAAUGCACGUAUCCUUACUUAUGGAUAUGACAUCAAUGCUCGAGACGGUUUGGAAACCCCUAUCAGCCCAAACGGUGUUUACGAUAUUGCCAGGGAUCUGAUGAGAAGCUUGGAGGCCGUCCGUCGAUCUCACCCAUCCAGGCCGCUUUUGUUUGUCGCCCAUAGCCUUGGAGGCAUCGUGGUCAAAGAAAUGCUCCGCCAGUCGUGGGGACACAUAUGUCACCAGACCCAUCUCCUAUCUAUAGCAGACUCAACGGUGGGAGCCCUCUUUUUUGGCACACCCCAUGGUGGUGCGAAUCCAGGAGGGCUUGUUCAGAGUAUCGCCGAGUCCGUUGUUCGAUUGUCGCAAUGGAGAGCCAAAGAGAGGAUCCUUGAUACUUUACUACCCUCAUCAGACCAUUUGAAGCAGCUACGGGCUGAGUUUGGCCUGAUUGCGCGUGAGAAAAAGUGGAUCAUCUAUUGCUUCCAGGAAGAAUACCCAGUCAAGGACCUCAACGGAAAGGUCGUCGAAGAUUCAGCAUCUUGCUUUAACGACGCCACCAUCAAGACGGUUCAACACAUCGCGAGCAACCACAUGGAUAUGUGCCGCUUCUCCGGCUUCGAUGAUCCGGAAUAUGUCAAAGUAGCGGCCGCUGUCGAACGUAUCCUCACCAGUGCUUCCAACAGAACCUUUCCUAAUAAUGACGUUAUCCUUGAUCGACGACAACAACGAAAAUACAUCGAGCACCUGAAGUUCGCCCAAAUUGACGCCCGACAUGCGACGUUCAAGACAGCACACGUGAAAACCUGCAGAUGGCUCCUGAAAAGACCUGAGUACCGAGACUGGCUCGAUCCAACCAAGGUCAUUGAACACAGCGGUUUUCUUUGGAUCAAGGGGGAGCCUGGUACUGGCAAAUCGACCAUCAUGAAAUACGCCCUCACACAAACCAGAAGAGUCAUGACAGACGCCUAUCUUAUCUCAUUCUUCUUCAAUGCGAGAGGCGAGCAGCUAGAGAAAAUGACACUGGGGAUGUAUCGGUCGUUAUUAUUACAGCUUCUGGAAAUUCUGCGAAAUUCCACCAUCGUCCUGAAUAAAAGGCUUGCAACACAGCUGGACAUCGCCGGCAAGGAAAUCUCAUGGGAUCUCCAAGUAGUCAAAGCUGUAUUCCAAGCGGCGUUACAAGGCCUAGGUGAUAGAAAAGUGGUCUGCUUUAUUGACACUCUCGAUGAAUGCGACGAGGACGACGUACGAGAUAUGAUUUCCUUUUUUGAGCAAAUGUGCGAGAAAGCUGUUGAGUCACGGAAUCAAUUCUUGGUUUGCUUCUCGAGCCGCCACUAUCCCCACAUUGCUAUCACCAAGUCUAUCGAGCUUGUGCUGGAAGAGCAGGAAGGUCAUCGGGAAGACCUUGCAAAAUAUCUAGACAGUGAAUUGAAAAUUGGUAGCAGCAAGGAAAGUCAAGAACUCAAAGAGGAAAUACUACGACGAGCUUCUGGUGUAUUUCUAUGGGUUGUGUUGGUCGUUCAAAUACUGAAAAAGGAAUACGGUAGAGAAUGUGUACACACUCUCCGAAAGCGUCUGGACAAAAUCCCGAAUGGGUUAUGCGAGUUAUUCAGAGAUAUCAUCACGGCCGACUCACGCAAUGGCGAACUCAUCCUCUGUCUACAGUGGAUAUUGUACGCCAAACGGCCAUUGAAACGGGAGGAACUGUACUUUGCAGUCCUUACCGGCGUCGAACCCAGAUCGGUGUCAGAGUGGGACACUGAGAAAACCACUAUAGCUGACAUGGAAAGGUUUAUUCUCGACUGGUCGAAAGGUCUCGCAGAACUUAGCAAGACCAAAGAUCAGACCGUGCAGUUCAUUCACGAAUCUGUGCGCGACUUUUUGUUCAAGGAAAACAGCCUUGGCCUGCUUCAUCCCCGGCUUACCAACAACAUCGCCGGCAUCAGUCAUGACGAUCUUAAGGCAUGCUGUCAGAACCGCCUCGGAAUUGUCCUUGCGCAAAGCGUAUUUGUCGAGGAUAUGUAUGCUGCUUUUUUCGAGGAAUCUGUCCAAAUACGUCAGAAAAUGUGCGAGAAAUGGCCACUUCUCGACUAUGCUGUGAAGUACACGUUCGAACACGCCGAGGCUGCUGCUCGGCAUGAAGUUUCGCAGGAUUCCUAUCUCGAGAGCCUGCAGAUCCCGGUCCACCCCUACUGGAGGACUUUCAACCGAUCCAGCUGGAUCUACCUCCACAACAUACUGGAGCGAUACCAGACACGCAGGUACACACCUGAUGCGAGCUUUCUGUAUAUCUUCGCGGAGAAAAACCUGCCGAACCUCAUUCGGACCGUUUUGAAACGAACACGUAAUAUGGAUAUUGCGGGAGAGCGUCGCGGAUUUCCACUGAACGCGGCCAUCGCACAGGGGAAUGAAGAUGCAAUCAGGGAGUUUCUGAAGCCAGCAGCUGCACUUCCCUCAGCCGACAGACCCCCCUGGUUUGCUCAAUCGUCUUCGAGAGAUAGUGAGAAAGUCGACGUGGCCAGAUUCUUCCUUCAACGUGCUCGUGACAUUGCUACUCCCAAAUAUUCAGUCCUCGCUUGGGCGGUCGCUCAUGCAGAACAAAGUACGAUUGCUUGUCUUGCAGCCACAGGUAAGGUGGGCACGGUUGGCUUAGACUACCAAUACACAUUGGCGAAAACAACGACCGAGUUUCUGCACGUUUCGCUGGUUAUUGAAGGCGCUCAGCUCGUGUCAACAAAGAUACGUAUGGACACCAAGCGUGUGCCGCUUGCUGUGCUACAGCCUACGGACCCGGCCAGCACGCCUAAAGGGUCACGGAGGCUUUUCUGGGCAGCCUAUCUAAUGCAGAACAUCUUCAGCAUCCGAGAUAACCCACUGGAAGUACCCAUCAAAGUUUUGUUCGACGAGGAAGGAUGGAUGGAGUUCCUCAUGCACGACAAAGGGGUCGAUCCUAAUCAAUGCGACGCUGAGAGCAGGACGUGUCUCAUCCUUGCAGCAGGGCUUGGCCUCAAGGCUCAGCUCGAAUCCUUGCUCGAGCAAAAUGGUCUUGAUGUCAAUAAGGCGGACAACAAGGGCAACACUGCCUUGCAUCAUGCGGUAAGGGACGGCCACGAAGACGUGGUAAGAAUGCUCCUGGGACGAUCGGAUUUGGACAUAAACCAAGCAAACAAACUUGGCCAGACAGCUCUUCAUUGUGCGGUUAAAUCCAAACAAAUACUGGUCGUAAAAAUCCUUCUGCGGGAAGAGCAUCUCACUGCUAUCUGCGGAGCUGAAACGAGCACUGAGACGAUGGUAUCUGCCACUAACGUUGGAGAUAAUGCUCGUCUUCACCAGAGUCUUGACACAAACGUUACUUAUCUUGGCUGUCCUCCAUCGAGUUCCGACGUAGCUCGGACAGGAAAGCCUGCACAGACGCCUACGCUGAAUCACCAAGGAAUCAAUGUAAAUGUGACUGAUAACUUCGGAAGCACUGCUCUGCACAUGGCUGUCGAACUGUGCCAACCGCUGUUGGUGAAGAUGCUCCUCGAACGGACGGAUAUCAACAUUCAUAUUGCGGACAAUAAUCGCGUAACACCUUUGGUGGAAGCUGGACGACGUCGUAUGCUGGCGCCACUGCAAUCAGAUGACCAGAGGAAAGCUUGUGCAGAGAUUGUGGGUAUGUUAGAGCGGAAGAUGAGGCGAGGGAUGCUUGUUACUGCUCUGUGA